AUGGAGUGGAGUGGUGGUGGUGGUGGUGGUAGGGAUGGGGAUUGUAGAGGUGGUGGUGGUAGUGGCAGCAUGGUGGUGGUUGUGGAGGUGGUAGUGGAGGUUUUGGAGGAGGAGGUGGUUGUGGUGGUGGUGGUGGUGGUGGAGGUGGUGGUUGUGAUGGUAUUGGCGGAGGAUGAGGAGGAGAAUGAUGUGGUGGUGGUGGUGGUGGAGGUAGUGAAUGUGGUGGUGCAAGUGGUGGAUUUGGAUGUGGAAGUGGAGGUGGUGUCAUUUUUUGAAAUGAAUGAUGGUAUUUUGCUUUGA